CUCCCAGCAGGAACAUAUGGCCUGAAUACAUUCCUACAGAUCGACACAGAUAAGUUGGACGACCAUUAUAACAGAAUUUGUGGAAUUUUCUGGAAGAAAUGGGCUGGAAUCUCUGUUUUCAGCUCCACGAGACUCCUUCUUGAGAACCUAUACUUCAACGAUUACCUUGGCCUGAGGCAGGCAAACACGCGACAUAGACGUAUCUUUGCGCUAUACUACACCUCGGGAUGUCAUAAUAUUAUAUGCACUAAAAUUGGCUGUUAUAAACGCGAAAUACAUGAUAUUGUACAGGAAAAAGGGUUUACAGCGUAUAUGGACUGUGUCUGCCGACUUUGUAAGCUCCAGAUCGUUGAUGAGGAUCACAUACGACACUGCAUCUCCUUUCCAGAAAGCCAGGAUCUACCUGGAAGACUCAUCAAUAUCAGGUUGCCGCCCAAGCAACUGUGACAUCGUGCUUCUACGUGCCAAGACUCUUGACUUGACUCACUCUUAACACAUUCCAUGAGCACUUUAAUUAUACUUUUCAUAUUUGUCUUUGUAAGACGUACAAUUUACCAAUUUACCUUACCGUAAUUUCUACACAUCCAUUUCCAUUCCGGUUUUACAGGUGCUUUGUUUUUUAGAUUGGCUGAUGAUGACUUUUAUGUCGAAAACGUUUCUGGAAUUUAUUUUACAUUGAUCUGCCGUUUUUACCACUGAAAACGUUUGAAUUAACAUUUUAAAUUUCUUAUUCCUUUGAAUUUUUUUCGUGUCGAGUUGCGUGUUCUUAUUGAAGAAACGUAACCCGUAUCGAUUUUAAUUGAAAAGGACUUAAACACUUGUCAUCUUCUUUUAUUAUUAUCACUUCCAUAUCUAGAAAAUUCCAAGGAUUUUGACUGGAAUACAUGAUGAAGGGACUCCUGACUGUAACCUCGGUUACUAUGAUACUUUUGACCUUCUGAUUACCGUUAAAAAACAAACAAAAAAAAAGACUUUGACUUUUAUAUACCAGAUGAUGCUCGUUAAACUUUUAGUUUUCCAUAAAUUAUGAAUUCCAACGAAAGAAAAAAUACUCGAUUCUUAACCUUUUAACAGUAAUUGAAGUGUUCUUUGUUUUUCUUCUACUUUCUUAGGACGGAAAGGAUUCUGAUUUAAUUUAAUUGUUUCCAAAGGCACAGGUCGCUACUCUUUCUUUCUUGUAUAUUGUGUCAUUGAUAUACUCCAUAAUUUGUGCGAGGCAUUAGAUAUUCAUGUUUUGUUUCAGCGAUAGUGAAAUGCGGAUGGUUAAGUAUCACAAAUGAAUGUAGAAUUGAGAAUCAGAAAUCAAUCUUUGAUUGGUCAGCUGAAAGACAAUCAAAAUAUCUUGAAGAGCAUAUCAGUUGAACAGUUAAAAACACAGAAACCUACUGCAGCAGUUAAACAAGAAUUACUGCGGAAGAAAGGAAUACCACAAUCGGCAAACCAAAACUCCCUUAGAAGUAGCACACCAAAAGAUUUAGCGAAGUCAAACUUCAGCGAUAAUGAAGCUCUUGAUGAUACUUUUCUACGCAAGUUACAAAAUUCAGGAAAUAUAAGAGUCCCUGUUAAACUUCAGCUCAAUGAUCCCUUAAAGACCAUUAGGCCUCACCAGGACUGUGUGACUAUCAAGUCGGCCAAACCGGUGUAUCCGAGUGGUAAAUCUAAUUUGCUGGGAUACGACUGGAUUUGCGAAAUUUUGGAUUUGAGUGAUACUGCGUGUGACAAUAAAUCAGAUGCAUAUUUCUCUGAUCUUCAAUCCUUUCGUAAUUCUUAUUCACCGGAAUGCUUCGCAGGCAAUGACAGCAAUGCCGAGCAACAAUUUGGCCAAGAGUUUCUGUCCGCAAUGCCUCACCUUCCGAGUUAUGAAUCGAAACCUCCUCUUCCGGUCACAGAACACCAGUGUGUCCAUCUGUUCAGAAUGAAUGCUCGAGGCUUUGCUGUACCUGUGAACGUCAAUGAUUCAGGUGAGAGUAUUUGUCCGGUUUGUAAGAAAAUGAGAGAGAAAGACUUCAAGACAUUAAUACGCGUGACUGUCCCGAAGAGUUUGUUGCCUGGCUUUAAUCCAGUGACUGAAAAAACUGCACUGUAUCACAGCUAUCCUAAUAGUUCAGAAAAUGAAUACAGCCCUGGUGAUUCAGUCGGUCUAUCUCGUCACAUUGUCAACGGAUGGAGAAGCGCAAGGCCUAAAUGCGUACUUCCAGCUACUUUCGUGGACAUCAAAUCAGAAUCCACAAAAUGAACUGAGAUUGUUCUAUUUAGAACUGAAUGUAAAUAAUGUGAAAUAGUGUUCCAAGAUUUUUGGCUUGUUUUACGAAUUUGGUAAUUAUUUCCUGCUUCUUAACUUCAGUUAUCUAGAAUCAAUUUAAAAUAUUUUUUUUUA